UUGCCUAUAAAUUCAGUGCCCUUACUAGGGUUUGAGCCUCCCCUGUUUCAGUUUCCCUCCAAAACCAAAGCUAGCUCGCACGCUUGAGCUUCCUUGCUCGCAUAUAGCCGUCAUGUGUGAGGGGCUCAUUGACCGGCCGUUGCUGCAGUGCCGGUGCAAUGCCAAGAACGGCGGCGGCGCGGCCGUGCCUCCGAACGACGACCACGCUGUCGUCGUUGUGUCCAUGUCGGCGCCUGUCCUGGCUGACAGGCCGUCGUCGUUGACCAAGGACGCGGCGAAGGAGGCCGUGUCGAUCCUGGGGCUGUCAUUGCCGAUGAUCAUGACGGGGCUCAUACUCUACGUCCGUCCGAUGAUCUCGAUGCUGUUCCUCGGCCGGCUCGGCGAGCUGGCCCUUGCCGGCGGGUCCCUCGCCAUGGGCUUCGCCAACAUAACCGGGUACUCAGUCCUGUCCGGCCUCGCCUCGGGCAUGGAACCUGUGUGUGGCCAGGCCGUCGGCGCCAAGAACCUGCCCCUCGUCGGCGCCACCAUGCAGCGGAUGGUGCUCUUCCUCCUCGCCGUCUCCGUGCCUGUCGCCUUCCUAUGGUUUCAGAUGGAGCCGCUUCUCCUGCUUUGCGGCCAGCAUGCCGCCAUCUCCGCGGCGGCGCAGCGCUACAUUCUCUUCUGCCUGCCCGACCUCCUCUUCCAGUCCUUCUUGCACCCGCUCCGUAUCUACCUCCGCACGCAGUCCAUAAACCUCCCGCUCACCACCUGCGCCACGCUCGCUGUCGCCCUCCACCUCCCCAUCAACUACCUCCUCGUAUCAGUGCUCGGGCUCGGCGUCGAAGGAGUUGCACUCGCCUCCGCCUGGACCAACCUCAACCUCGUGCUCUUCCUCCUCGGUUAUGUCUACGUCUCCGGCGUGCACCAUGCCACCGGGGGCUUCUCGCUGUCAUGCAAGCUUUUCAAGGACGAUGUUGCCGCGUGGGUGCGGCUGGCCAGGCUCGCCGUCGAGAGCUGCGCGAGCGUGUGCCUCGAGUGGUGGUGGUAUGAGAUCAUGAUCCUGCUGUGCGGCCUCCUGGCCAAUCCCGAAGCCACCGUCGCCUCCAUGGGGGUGCUUAUCCAGACCACAUCGCUGCUCUACAUCUUCCCGUCGUCUCUCAGCUUCGGCGUGUCGACCCGGGUCAGCAACGAGCUCGGCGCGAACCGUCCAGCUGCGGCGCGCGCCGUGGCCACCGCGGGGCUCGCGCUGAGCGCACUACAGGGCGUCAUCUCCUUCCUGUUCGCCGUGGCUGUGCGCAACGUGUGGGCGCGCAUGUUCACGACGGACGCGGCCAUCCUCGCGCUCACGGCCUCCGUGCUUCCUAUCCUCGGGAUGUGCGAGCUCGGCAACUGCCCUCAGACCACCGGAUGCGGCGUGCUCCGAGGGAGCGCACGGCCCAAGGACGGCGCGCACGUCAACCUCGCCGCCUUCUACGGCGUCGGCAUGCCCGUUGCCCUCGGGCUCGCGUUCUGGGCCGGCAUGGACUUCAGGGGGCUCUGGCUUGGCCUUCUCGCCGCGCAGGCGGCGUGUGUCACGGUGAUGCUCGUGGUGAUCGGGCGCACGGACUGGGACAGACAGGCUGACCUGGCGCAGGUGCUCGCCGGAGUCGCCGACGACAUCGAACACGGAGGCUAUGUCAACGGAAACGGUGGGAAAGACGCGAGCGAGUGCGUCAAGGUUGCGGCGCCCGACGGCGAUGAGGACUCCAGCUUGCUCAUCACUGUGGUAGGACUGACCGGCGCGCCUUGACAAAGACGGCCGUCGGCGUAUGAAUCACGGUAAUUAGCUGGCCAGUAGAACGUGGGAGACAGACAAUUUUCCGGUCUGAACAUUUUUUGGGGGGAGUUCAUGUGAGUUGGUCUGUGUGUGUCAACAUACGUGUGUGUGGUACCACGUUAUAUUGGAGGAAAACACCUGUAAUUACAUGGUUUUAAUUAGGUGUGUUGAGUGACCUAGUUAUACAUUUUUUCACUUUUAUUAGGUGGCCUGGUGGUUCAUCUAUUGUUUUUUCAUUAAGAUGUAUUUCAAUUGUAAGUAGAUAUUUAUAUAUACAUGAAUCAAGUAUAAUUAAA